AUGACAAAAGUUCCAGACAAAAAAUUCCAGGGAAAUGCACUUAUCCAAUGUAAUAGGCUUACAGUGGAUAGAGAGACAAAUCGAGGAGGAAUGAAGGAGGGAAAGAGAAUGAAAAGAGUGUGGAAUGAGAAAAGAUUAUGGAUAUUUUUAGUAUGGGGUUUAGUGGUAUCAGUGUGUGGAUUAGUAACUGGUGGAAUUUAUCUCAACUUAAGAACUUUAACCUCAUCUGAAAAAUAUACAGAAAUCAUACCAAAUUAUGUGAACUUUAUUUCAGUAAUUAUUGCUGGUAUUAUGGUUCUAGUCUUAUUUUGGAAGAGGAAUGUAAUCUUGGUAUUUUCUUGUGUAUUUGUAAAUGUUGGUGCUGCUUUUUUAAAUGGUAUAUCAGCUAUAUUAACUGGUACAUUAAUAAUACCACCAAUAAAUCAACUUUUACAUUGUACAUUCCUUUCUCCACAAAAACAAUGUCAUUGUUUAUCUCCAUAUAGUCGUUCUUUUGUUCAACUUGACUAUUCCAUUGAAGAACCAGUAACAUUAAUAUUUCAAGAUACAUCAAAUUGUAAUGAUAUAGAAGUAAUAUUAAUACAGAUAUUAUAUACAUUAUGUGGUUUAUGUGUUGUCUCAGCAAUAGCUUGUAUAAUAUCAGCUAUACUAGCUUUAAUGGUGCUCAGAAUGGAAAGACGCAGAAAACUAGGAUAUCAGAACAGUACAUAUGAUGAGAUCUUUACUAUAAGCAAUUCCAACACACCAGAUUCAUCAGAUAGUGAGAAUGAACAUAAUCCAAAUUUAGUGCGACCAGUUCUACCAUCAUACAGUGAUUUAGACAGAAUUGAAUCUGACACUAGUGCUAAUAGACUCAGAUCAAGUUUACAGCGUAGUCAUAGUCUUAAAGCUCCAAAAACUGAAUCUAACAACUUAGAUGUGGUUGACAAUACAACACCAAAGGAAAAAGUCACAAAAGGGAAAUUAAAGGAGCACAGACGCAGAGGUCAAAGGGCAGUAACUCUUCAUAAUUUAGACUCAAAACAGUUAAUGGUUAUAUUAAGUUUACAAAUGAGAUAUCUCAAAGAAAAUGAACAUUCUAAAUCUCAGGUGGAAUUAAGUGCUAGAAAACUUGAUGAACAAUUACGGCGAUCGUUUACUCCACAGCCAUACCAUUCAAGGCCUAAGCCAUCUGAGUCAGAUGUGCGUAAAAUUCGCUCACAUACCCCUCAACCAUAUAAAACUAAGAAGCAGCAAAUGUAUGAGAAUUUGCAGACAGCUAACUUGAAUGAGUUUUAUGAAAAUAAUUUUCCUCCUUGGGAAAGAUCUCAAUCAACUAAGGCUAAGUUAUCAAAGGAGAAAAGAAAGAGUAGUCAUAUACCUCACUAUGAAGAAAUAGAUGAUAUGAGAAGUUAUAUGAGUGGAGAUGAAGAUGACAGAAUUUAUGCCAAUCAAUCAGAAGUCAAAAUUCAGAAGAAGAAAAAGAUCAAACCUAAAAUACCAACUGAUAGUGAAGAAUCUGAAUUUUCAGACAUUCCACCAAACCGUGCUCGUAGAUCUCAUCGUAAAAACACAUCCAGUGAUCUACCUAUAAAUAUUCCAGUUCAACAAAAUAUCAUUCCUAAUCCAGGACGACCAAAAAGUUAUAUCAAAGCCAUAGAUAACCCGGACCCGAAUCCUGAAGAUUUGUACGGUCAAGUUAAUAAACAUAGCUCACUAAUCAACCAUGCUCAAUCUCAACCCAAUCAUUUAAAUCAACCAGAAUAUCAUAAUAUUAAUGAAGGGAGACAAUCAUCAGAAGGUAUUUAUGCUCAACCUGUAAAGAAAAUGAACCCUAAAGCAGCUUUUCAAAGAAUUCCUGACAGCAAUUCAGUGCCUGUUAUAAACCAACCAAAUCUUUACCAGAACACUGUAGAGAGGUGUUCAGCGUUCCAGGUGGUACAGCGUUCUAGUGAAGCUGGUACAGGUAUUGUGGGGUAUAUUGAUCCUGUCACUCGCCAUAAUUACCAGCUAUACUCUGCCAUGGAGAGGAAAAUAGAUGAAGAGAAACCCCCUCCAUACUCUCCACCGCCAUGUUAUAGUGACUGUACCACUACCUCUAGAGAUAGCUCAUCUCAAUCCUCAUCCCUGUCACAUCAUUCUAAUCACUCCUUACCACAUCAUACUUAUAAUCAGGGCAAUAAACACAGACCUAAAUUUGUCUAUACCACAGAAUCAAACCGUCCUCUGUUAGAAACUCAGACUGGUUGCAGCUAUUCUGAAUCUAGCCGUAAUAAACCCACUUCGGUUCAUCAACAGAUAAUUGAACCAUCUCCUGAACAAUAUCGUGCUAACAUUGACAAUCAACCUGCUGCCUUCUCACCACCCUAUAGAGCCAAUUAUGUGAUUAAUUUUGAUAAUGAACAGCCUAAAGUGUUAUUAGAAGGAGAAUCCAGUGAUCCUGAUGAAAUGGAAACAGUGAUUUAA